UGAGUUUUUUGUUCGAAAUUUGACUUUUAAACUGUAUAAUUUUAUUCGGUAAUUGAUAACUAAAUGAAAAAAUAUUUGAACUACAAAAAGAUGGUGUGUGGAAAUUGGAAUUGAACAAACCCUCAGGCUGCACUAGAGCAAAGCAAAAGCAAAACAAUUCAAACACAAACACAAACACAAACACCUAUGUUGCUCAACUUUAAUUCAGGCCCCACCUCCUUUUGUAAAUCUCAACAAAACAUAUAAUAUUGCUCCCACUACCUCUGAUCUAUCAAAGAAAAGCUUCAUUUUUCUUUCACUUUCCUCAAUCCCUCCACUUCCUAGCUUAUUUAAUAUUUAAUACCCAUCUAUGUUUCAUGUCCUCCCGCAUUACUUUGUUUCACAGGUUUUGCUUCAAAAAACACUUCUAAAAUGUCUUCCAUUCCUCCUCCUCCUCCUCCAGCCCCAAACCAAACCACCACGUCCACUCGUCUCAACCAAAUUGUGGUACCAAAACCCAUGAAACAACAGAUUACUUUAGCACCAGAAAUUUCACAUGUCAGCACAAGAAAAGUGAUAGAGCAACCGAUUAUCCGGCGGCAGCCUCGCCGGACCAACCCGGUAGUGUGGUGUGGAGCAAUCCUCUGUAUGAUUUUCAGCAUCCUCCUCAUCUUCUUCGGAGUUGCAACUUUGGUAGUCGUCCUCGUCAUCAAACCGAAAAACCCAGUGUUCGAUACCCCUGCUGCCCGCCUCAAUCUCAUCUACUUUGACACACCUGUGAAUUUCAACGGCGAUUUCACCUUCCUUGCAAACUUCUCCAACCCAAGCCGAAAACUUGAUGUCAGAUUUGAGUAUGGAGAUGUGGAGCUCUACUUUUACGACAGUCUCAUCGCAAGUCAAGCAUUCCAGCCUUUUACACUGAGACGAGGUGAAGCAAGGUUGGCCUCAGUUCACAUGAUAUCAAGCUUGGUUUUUUUGCCCCCAAAUCUGGCACUUGAGCUUCAACAACAUGUACAGAGCAACAGGGUUAUCUAUAAUAUAAGAGGAACUUUCAGAGUGAGAGCUAACCUGGGUUUGAUUCAUUUUUCUUACUGGUUACGUGGGAGAUGCCAGUUGGAGAUGACUAGUCCGCCCAUAGGUGCUCUGCUCGCCCGAAGUUGCAGAACCAAGAGAUGAAAAUGCAGAGCAUGUAAAUCAGUUCCUCUGUUCUAGCCAUUUUCUCUUCCCUAUACUGUUUUGGUUUUGGCGUAAAUGGCAGUUUUUCAAGUACUAGGGUGUCCAGGGCUUUGUCUGACUGAUUUUCAAGUACAUGUAGUCCCUGUUUUACAUAUAUUGAGUAAUUAUUGGGCAUAAGCCCCAAGUGGUCUCAAGAUAGAGUGUAGAAUGAAACCACAGCCAUUGAUACACCCUUGAGAAGUACUUGGGGACAGUUUUCAUGUAGCUGAUAUACCAAUAUAAUAUUAUAGCUACAACAAUUCUUUUUGGAUUGUACUUGAACAAGGAAUGUUCAUUUACAAUUGCAGAAUUAACAACUGGAGCCAAAAAACUUCACUUUUGUAUUAUAUCUUUAGUAUGUUUGUGGAUUCGAACUUGAAGGCAGCUAUUUUGUACAAAUUAUGUUUAAAGUUGGAUAUAUACUCAAUCUAUGCCUUCCCCAUUCAA